AUGGCAGCCUUCUGUAGAGGCAGGCACAGGUUAAAAUCCGUAGGUUGCUUACAUACAUCAACCAGAAAUUUGACAGGUAAAUUUGACUAUGAUGUCGUGGUCAUUGGUGGAGGCUCCGGAGGUCUGGCAUGCUCUAAGGAAGCUGCUCAGCUCGGGAAGAAGGUUGCUGUCUUGGAUUAUGUAGAACCAUCAGCCAAAGGUACUAAAUGGGGUUUAGGAGGAACAUGUGUAAAUGUUGGGUGCAUACCAAAGAAACUGAUGCACCAAGCCGCUCUUUUCGGCACUGCAAUCAAAGAUGCGCAGAAAUACGGCUGGACGAUACCGGGCCCUGCAUCGCAUGAUUGGGCCACUUUGUCAGCAGCUGUGCAGAAUCAUGUGAAAUCACUGAACUGGGGUCAUCGAGUUCAGCUACAAGACAAGAAAGUGAAAUAUCUCAACAUGAAGGGCAGCCUGGUUGAUGAACACACAAUCAAAGGAGUAACCGCCAGAGGCAAAGAGACGACUCUCACUGCCAGGAACAUUGUGAUCGCCACUGGAGGCCGGCCAAAGUACCCCACACAUGUCCCUGGAGCGAUAGAGCAUGGGAUCACCAGUGACGAUAUAUUCUGGCUCAAAGAGUCACCUGGAAAGACGCUCGUGGUGGGUGCCAGCUAUGUGGGCCUGGAGUGUGCAGGCUUCCUGACGGGCAUCGGUCUGGACACCACCAUCAUGGUGCGCAGCAUCGCCCUCCGGGGGUUUGACCAGCAAAUGGCCGGACUGGUGACUGACUAUAUGGAGGCCUAUGGCACCAAGUUUGCCUGGAAGUGUGCCCCUAAGAAGGUGGAGAAGCUGACCUCUGGGGGUCUCCAGGUGACCUGGACGAAUACCUUCACGAAGAAGGACGAGACCGACACCUUCGACUCAGUACUCUGGGCUGUGGGCAGAGCUCCUGAGUCCCAGCUCCUUAACCUGGAGAAGGCCGGGGUGCAGCUCGACACGGAGACGGGCAAAAUAGUAGUGACCCCUAACGAAGCCACGUCUGUGCCCAGCAUCUACGCCAUCGGCGACAUCAGCCUGGGCCGCCCGGAGCUGACCCCAACUGCCAUUCAGGCAGGCAAGCUGCUGGCCCGCCGCCUCGCCGGGGUCUCCAAGGAGCUCAUGAACUACCACAAUGUGGCCACCGCUGUGUUUACUCCUCUGGAGUAUAGCUGUGUUGGCUUGUCUGAAGAGGAGGCCGAGCAGAAGUAUGGGAAGGACUCCAUUGAGGUGUUCCAUGCGUUCUACAAGCCACUGGAGUUCACUGUGGCAGAGCGAGAUGCCAGUCAGUGUUACAUCAAGGCGGUGUGUUUGCGUGAAGGAGACCAGCGCAUACUGGGCCUGCACUUCACUGGCCCCAACGCUGGAGAGGUCAUCCAGGGCUUUGCCUUGGGCUUCCAGUGUGGAGCCACCUACACUCACCUGGUGAACACCGUGGGCAUUCACCCCACCUGCGCCGAGGAGCUGACCAAGCUCAACGUCACCAAACGCUCCGGGUUGGACGCCACGGUAACGGGCUGCUGAGGCUGAGCACAUGACAUUUGGGUGGGGUCGUCAGUGGGUGCGUACAUGAUGGCCAGACCUCCGCCGGACCCCCAGUACAUC